CUGGUUGGCUUGCUGGUCUUGUGCUUGUUAUCUUACCAAUUCUAUCUGGCUUUGUAAUUUUUCUUUUGGUGUUCAGUCUUUGCAGCAGCAGCAGCAGCAGAUUGCCAAUGGCGUUGAGCACCCAAAGAACCUCUGCCUUUCUUUCUUCAGCUGAUCAGUCGGCUCCUCGUCAAUGGAACCACGAUGUGUUUUUGAGUUUCAGGGGUGUGGACACUAGAAACAGCUUUGUCUCCCAUUUAUACCACGAAUUGCAGCACAUGGGCAUUAAAACAUUCAAGGAUGAUCCAAAGCUUGAAAGAGGGACAACUAUUUCUUCAGAGCUCUUCAAUGCAAUCCAAGAAUCAAGGCUUGCAAUCGUUGUUCUCUCGCAAAACUAUGCUUCUUCUUCCUGGUGCUUGGAGGAACUUACAAAGAUUCUCCAAUGCAUGAAAUCCAAGGGUACAGUUCUGCCAGUGUUUUAUAAUGUGGAUCCCUCUGACGUACGAAAACAAAGCGGCAGUUUUGCAGGCGCGUUUGUUGAGCAUGAGAAAAGGUUCAGGGAAGACAUAGAAAAGGUGAUGCGCUGGAGAGAUGCUUUAACAGAAGUUGCCAAUUUAUCUGGGUUGGAUUCAAAGAAUGAGUGUGAAAGAAAGCUCAUUGAAAAGAUUGUUGAAUGGGUGUGGAGCAAAGUGCAUCGCACAUACAAAUUGUUAGAUUCCACAGAGUUAGUGGGAAUUAAGUUUACACCUGAGCAAAUAGACUUGCUUUUAGCUCCUUCAGAUGAUGUUCGUUUUAUAGGGAUAUGGGGGAUGGGCGGCAUUGGCAAGACUAGCAUUGCUAAGCAAGUUUAUGAGAGCAUUUCUAUUCAUUUUGAAGUUAGCUGCUUUCUUGCUAAUGUUAGAGAGGUUUCUGAACGUGGUCAUCUUGUUGAUCUACAAAGACAGCUUCUUUUCCCGAUCUUGAAGGAGCAAAUUAUUCGAGUUUGGGAUGAACAGUGGGGUACCUAUUUCAUUAAGAAUUGCUUAUGUAAUAAAAAGGUUCUUCUCAUUCUUGAUGAUGUGAAUGAAUCAAGCCAACUAGAGAAAUUGGUUGGAGAAAAGGAUUGGUUUGGUAAGGGGAGUAGAAUCAUCAUUACAACUAGAGAUGAACGGUUGCUAGUUAAGCAUGAUAUGCAGAUAUCAUACAAGGUAGAGGGAUUAGGUGAUGAUGAGGCUCUUGAGCUCUUUAGUCGGAACGCCUUUAAAAAAAUUGAACCCGAGGAAGGUUUUCAGGAAUUGUCUAAGUGCUUUGUAAAUUAUGCUAGAGGCCUUCCAUUAGCUCUUAAAAUUUUGGGAUGCUCUAUGUAUAAGAGAGAUCGAGAUGAAUGGAAAAGUGAAUUGGAUAAGCUACGGAAAAUUCCUGAGUCAACAAUUUUCGAUUUGCUCAAACUAAGUUAUGAUGGACUAGAUGAGAUGAACAAGAAUAUAUUUCUUGAUAUUGCAUUUUUCUAUAAGGGAAAGGGCAAGGAGGAAGUAAUUGAAAUACUAGAUAGUUAUGGCGUAUGUGGUCGUAUUGGGAUAAAUGCUCUCAUUCAUAAAUCGCUUUUAACUAUCGCCCGAAACAACAUUGUUGAGAUGCAUGAUUUGAUACAAGAAAUGGCAUUGGAAAUUGUUCGCCGAGAGAAUCCUGAAGAGCCUGGUGAACGCAGUCGGUUGUGCCAUCAUAAUGACAUUUCUCAUGUAUUUCUAAACAAUACGGCAACUAACAAAAUUCAAGGCAUUGCCUUAAGGAUGGCGGAACUUGAAGAGGUGGGUUGGAAUUGUGAAGCAUUUUCUAAGAUGCUUUACCUGAAAUUUCUUGAAUUUGAUAAUGUGAUCAUUUCUUCAAACCCCACAUUUCUUCCUAAUUCCUUAAGAAUUAUGAAAUGGAAUUGGUAUCCUUCCAAAAUUUUCCCAUCAGAUUUUCAACCAAUUUUCCUUGUUAGAGUUGAGAUGCGUCACAACAAACUUGUUCGGCUUUGGGAUGGAAGAAAGGACUUGCCCAACUUGAAAUAUAUGGACCUUGGUUACUCAAAAAACUUGGCAACAACCCCAAAUUUCACUCGCAUUCCAAAACUCGAGGAGUUGUGUCUUGAAGGGUGUGAGAAAUUAGUUGAGAUUCAUCCGUCAAUUGCAGAUCUCAAAUGGCUAAAAAGGUUGGAUUUUGGUGGUUGCUCAAAAGUAAAAAAGAUUCCAGAAUUUUCAGGAGAAAUGAAAAAUUUGUUAAUGCUUAAUUUAGGGGGGACGUCCAUUGAGAAUUUACCUUCAUCAGUUGGAUGUCUUGUUGGCCUUUCUACUUUGCAUCUAAGCAAUUGUAAAAAUCUCUUGGGUCUUCCUAGUGCAAUUUGUAAUUUGAAGUCUCUUGAAUGGCUUCUGGCGGAGGGAUGUUCAAAUCUUGAGGAACUCCCAGAAAACUUGGGGGAUAUGGAGUGUUUAGAAUGGCUUUCUUUGGAUGGGACUGCUAUAAGACAGCUCCCACGCUCUAUUGUUCGUUUGAAAAAUCUGGAAAUUUUGAGUAGAUGUGGAUCAGAGGCUUAUAAAUCAAGGUUUUGGUGGGGCCUUCCCUGCUUAUCUCAAAGAAAAGAUUUUGUGAUGGGUUCGCUACAUGGUUUGUGUUCUUUAACGGCAUUGUGUCUGAGUGAUUGUGGUCUUUGUGAAGGGGAUCUUCUCGGAGAUAUUGGUUGCUUAUCCUCUUUACAAGAAUUAGAUCUUAGUGGAAACAAUUUUGUUACUCUUCCUGUAAGCUUUAGAUAUCUUUCUAAGCUUAAGUCAUUUGACCUGGCUAGGUGCCAAAGGCUUCAACAAUUUCCUCAUCUUACAUCAAAUUACUUAGUAUCUAUAGACAUAGACGAUUGCACUUCCUUAAUAAUGUUUCCAAGUCCGCCAACGUGGAAUGGAAACAUAAGAAAUUAUGGUGUUAAGUUGAGUUGUGUGAAUUGCUUUGGAUUGGUUGAGAAUGAAGGCGGCUGCGAUAGUUUAAUACUUGGAGUGCUAUGGAGAUUCCUUCAGGUACAAGUUGGCCAAUUAAACAUUGUAACUCCUGGAAGGAGAAUUCCAGAGUGGUUCAAAAAUCAAAGUGUGGGAGAUUCCUUAAUUGUGGAGCUACCUCUGGAUUCUUGUAGCACCUGGAUGGGGUUUGCUUUAUGUGCUGUCUUUGAAGAAGAUCACCCAAAUCCAGCUCAUGACCUUUCUAAAUUUGAUUAUUUUACAGUUGACUGUUGGUCCGGAAAAAAACAGCUUGCGAAUGUUUCGUUAAAGAUAGGGCAUGUUGUGUCAGAUCACCUUUGUGUAUUUUAUGUGUCUAGUGAGGAUUGGAAGAGGCAAUGCAGUCAGAUGAAGAUUUUAUUCCAAACUUAUUAUAAGAGUCAUACUUGGCCCUCAGACAGAAGAAAUUGCUCGAGUAUAAAGAAGUGUGGGUUGCGUUUGGUGCACGAGCAAGACGUGGAACAACUCAACCAAAUCAUGAUGAUGAACCAAGCCAUCAACAUCAGCAUUACUGAUUCUCUUCGCAAUUCAGCUGAUGCAAGUGCAAGUGUGGAAGGGGAAGGAAGGGAGGUUGAGCAAGUUGCAGUGGAAGCACCUAUUAUCUCCAGGGAAGAUAAGAUCAAAAAUGCCAAGGCAUUGAGUCUUAUUCAAGAAGCGCUAACAGAUGAGCUCUUUCCUCGCAUCAGAAAUGAGAAGACUGCAAAAGGAGCUUGGGAUACUCUGAGAAGAGAGUACAGAGGAGAUAAAAAGGUAAGAGCUGUAAAACUUCAAGCAGUUAGAGCAGAUUUUGAGUAUAUGAGAAUGACAUAUGGUGAAAGCCUAGAUAGCUAUUUGUCUAAGUUUUUUGGAACUGUGAAUAAUUUGAAAUCACUUGGUGAAGAUAUGUCUGAAACAAGAAUUGUGCAAAAACUCUUGAUGAGCCUAGGUAGAAAAUAUAAGUCCAUUGUGUCUAUCAUUGAAGAAACUCGAGAUCUUGAUGUUCUUAGAGUUGAAGAAGUUAUUGCAUCUGUCAAGGUCUAUGAUAAAAGGGAAGACUUGCAUGAUGAAAGGGAUAAAUUGACAGGAACUAAGAAAGCUUUCAGUAGCCUCAAGGUUGGAAAUAACCAAGUUCAUGGCACUCAUAAGGGCUCACAAAGUAGACCAAAUCAAAAGUGGCAAGGACAAGACAAAAAGGGAUCAAAUUGGUCUCAAAAUGGAAGCUUGAACAACCAUAAUGGCUCAAGCUGGAAUAAUAGUGCUGGAGGAAAUUGGAACAAUAGCUUCAAUUCACAGAACAAGCAAGGUAGUAGCAGUCAAGGAAGUGUGAAACCACAGUGCCAAGUAUGUCAGAAGUAUCAUUUUGGUGUGUGCAGGCACAAAGGCAAACCUAGAUGUGGAAAAUGCAAUAGGUUUGGUCAUACUGCAAAGGACUGUGAAGGUCAUAGUCACAAACAAGUAGCCAACUAUGCAAAGGAAGAAGAAGUAACCACAGGAACUAUGUUCUAUGGUUGUCACUCUGCAAGUUUGCAAGAUAAAAGUGUAUGGUUUGUGGACAGUGCCUGCAGCAACCACAUGACCUCUCAAGAGUCUGUGUUAAUAAACAUUGACAGAACCGUGACUUGUAAAGUUAAAAUGGGCACUGGAGAUCUUGUACAAGCAAUUGGAAAGGGCACUCUAGUGGUUGAAACUUAG